AAUUCUUUUUUUAGAAAUUAUUUAAUUCAUGUUAUUUUUAAUACAUCAAACAAAAAUUACUAAUACAAACAUUUUUAAUACAUAAUAUUUUAUAUUAUUCUUGUUUACUCUACCAAAAGACUCUUAGUUGUGCUUUUAUUGUAUAACGUUUUGUGACAAAAAGUAUUUAGUAACAGGAGCAUCUGUUUUCUUAGAGUUGACUGACUUUCACAUGAACCCUUUGCAGUUGGUACACCCCUUUAGUUUGAUGAAUAAAACAAUCAGAUUCUUUGCCUUUUGGGUAGACUGCAGUAGACCCCGGCAUCUUCAAGAGUUUGGAACUUCAAGAAAAUGAGCUUUGGUGCGGAGACACGUGCUGAUUUUGUGCUGUUGCUUGGAAAUGAUGUGUCUCUGAACAUUCUAAUGCAUUUGAAUGAUCCGGUUGAUGUGGUCUGUGCUGGCGCUGUUUCACACCUUUGGCGCCAAUUUGUGGUUACUAAUGGAAUUUCCAAACAACUUUGUUUGAGAAAGUUUCCGCAGCUCUUGAGAAUAGCCCGUAUUACAGAACCAGAUCUGAGAGUUGCAGAAGGAAAAGAUGAUGAGUCUAGCAGUUCCAGUUGGGAGACUUUAAAAAGAGACCAUAAUGUUUAUGCUUCUCUACUUCAAGCUAUUGGAACAUCAAAAUCAUGUCUAAGUGAUUGCAUAGGUAGUGCAGUUAGCGCUUCAAGUACGGACAAUUAUCCAGAAGAAAGUAUUGUGAAUACUCUAACUCCAGGAAACAGAUAUCAGAAUAUGCCUUCAUACUGGUCAAGCAUAGGACACAGUGAUUCCAAUGCUAUGGAGACGCUAAUUUACAAAUUGAAAGCUGAUCUUUGUGUAAUCACUGAAAUCAAUAUACAACCUUUUGAAGUUUAUUUCCAUCUAGGCAAGCCAAUAUGCUCCGCAAAAUCUGUUCGAUUUCGAUUAGGACACCUUAAAUCCUCAAUAGAUAAGAGUGAUCUCCGGCACGGUGACAAGUUUCUAUGGACAUAUACCUCGGAAGAAUUCCCUAUGAGACAGGAAAACCGCUUGCAGCAGUUCAAGCUACCAGAACCGGUGCUCUGCAUUGGUGGAUAUCUGCUGAUUGAACUGUUGGGCAUAGCUCAGAUAUGUGAUAUUGACAACUUGUUUUACAUAUGCAUUCGCCAUGUGAAAGUGAGAGGACGGCCACUCAGUCCUACCUUUGGUGUACAGAACGUUGAACCGUCUGGAGAUUUUGUGCUCAAGUACAGACGAGAGGUUCUCUAAUCCAUGUUGCGGAGCUUGUGUAAUUGGUUUCAUCCAAAUUCCAGUAACAUUCGAAGAAGUAGUGCUUGGACAUGCAGGUUUAUUGAAGUAUCUGGUAAAAGAAGUUGGACCGAUUAAGUGGAUUGAUGAAGGCAACUAAAUGGAUCAUAAAGGAAUGUGUUGUGUUUGAUAUGAAAGAGAACGUUCUCCGAUAGUUCAUUUGAAAUAGUUUUAAAAUUUUAGAAAUAUUGGAUAGUGAGACGUGAAGUUUCUUCUGGGAAAAUAUAUUCCUCCAUUCCGAACACCCAUAGUGUAACGUAACGUUGUGAUCGUCUUGUUCUUUUAGUUUUCUACAUUACUUUCCAAGUAA